AUGCAAGGACGGCCACGCAAGGACCGCUUCGUGGCGCCCAGCCAGGACGAGAUACAGCUGUGGCACAAGAUCCGCGCCUCACUACGAGUGCUCGAGACGCUGCGCACCGACAACAUCGCGACGCAGACCGAGCUUGUCGCUGUGCGAUCACGCCUGGCUGCGGCUGUCGCGGCCGAGGCACACAAUGGCGCCUCGACGAGCCAGCGCGAUGCCCAGGCCAGCAAGGCCAAGCAGGAGAUGCGCAGCCUGUACAACGACCUGAAGAGGAGAGCUGAGGAGGAGGAGAAGAACCUCGAUCAGACACUCGAGAACAUAUCUGUGCUCACAGCCUUGCGAGGAGGCGCCGACGAUGAUGCCAAAGACGGGCGCAGCGUGCAGCGCAAGAAGCGGCGCAUUGACGGCGGCAGUGCUUCGCCUCGCACCUCGCCGUCCCUCACGCCUGCACCCGCGCCAUCACCUGCUCCACGAGCUGCGCUGAAAGCGACAAAUGCCGUCGUGGACGCCACGCCCAACAAGGCACGAGGCGCCGCCACACCCGGCGGCCGCAGCAGCGGCACGAGCUACAUGGACCCAGCCAAGGCGCGGCGCGAAGUGCUGCAAGGCCAGCUGCCGCUGACGCCUGGGCGCAAGGUGGCCUUUCGUCAGCCGAGCAAGGCGAAGACCACGACGGGCGGCACGGCCGUCAGCAGCAGUGGUCCGACGCAGGCGCCCGCGCCGGACGAGGAGGGCGAGACGUGGAUCAUGGCCAUCGUCAAGGAGUGCAUCAACAACGACCGCAACCGCUACGUCGUCGUCGAUGCCGAGGACGUGGAUGGCCCCAAGUACAACACGACGCUCAAGGCCAUCGUGCCGCUGCCCGAGAGCCUCUCAACGCUGCCGACGGAGGACUACCGGCCCGGCUCGAUUGUGCUCGGCCUCUACCCCGACACGUCGUGCUUCUACAAGGCCAAAGUCAUCCGCGGCGGGCCAGGCCUGAAUGGCCGGCAAAUUUCUGCCAAGCUCAAGAGCCGCACCCAGGAGAUGCUCGCCAAGACGUACGAGCUGCAGUUCGAGGAGGACGGCGGCCUGGUGCACAGCGUGCCGGCCAGCCUCGUCGUCGAGCGGCCGUAGCGCGCGCACUCGCCUUGCCAGUGUCUUUCUCUCUCGGUGCUGCCACUCGCCCCUGCUUCUGCUGCUCUAAUGCUAUAGCUGCCUCGCACGGACGUCAGACGCCAUCUGCUGUUAGGAGCUGC